UCAAUGAACAUGACUUCUGGAGUCAAGGUUGUCGGGCCAUUCCCCCCUCCCACCACUGGGGAUAUAAAUAGCACCCAGAGCGCAGAACAGAGUGCCAGAGAGCUGGGAGGAAGUAGGAGCAGAGCCCCAACCAUGAGCUCCAGCCAACCGGGGCCCUGCCCAUGCCGGGGUGCUGUAGGGCGCCCAGCCAUUUUGUAUGCACUUCUGAGUCCCAGCCUCAGGCCUGUCCCCCCACCCCGUAGCCACUGCCUGUGCAGGCAGCACCGGCCUGUCCGGCUGUGUGCACCUCAUCGCACCUGCCGGGAGGCCUUGGAUGUUCUGGCCAAGACGGUGGCCUUCCUCAGGAACCUGCCAUCCUUCUGUCAGCUGCCUCCCCAGGAUCAGCGGCGGCUGCUGCAGGGUGGCUGGGGCCCCCUUUUCCUGCUUGGGUUGGCCCAAGACACUGUGACCUUCGAGGUGGCUGAGGCCCCAGUGCCCAGCAUACUCAAGAAGAUCCUGCUGGAGGAGCCCAGCAGCAAUGGAGGCAGCGGCCAGCCGGACAGACCCCAGCCCUCACUGGCUGCGGUGCAGUGGCUUCAGUGCUGCCUAGAGUCCUUCUGGAGCCUGGAGCUGGGCCCCAAGGAAUAUGCCUACCUGAAAGGGACCAUCCUCUUCAACCCUGACGUGCCAGGCCUCCACGCCUCCUCCCACAUUGGGCACCUGCAGCAGGAGGCUCACUGGGCACUGUGUGAAGUCCUGGAGCCUUGGUGCCCAGCAGGCCAAGGCCGCUUGGCCCGUGUCCUCCUCACAGCCUCCACCCUCAAGUCCAUUCCACCCAGCCUGCUUGGGGACCUCUUCUUUCGUCCUAUCAUUGGAGAAGUUGACAUCGCUGGCCUCCUUGAGGACAUGCUUUUGCUGAGGUGAUCUGCUCCGGCCCAGGCGGAGAUCAGGUGUAGGACCGGCAGAGGCUGGCAGUGCUGAUUCAACCUGGAUGUCCCCAGGGGUGACCAAUGCUCCUGGAGGGGGAAAGACUGUACAGACAGCACUUGGCUCCUCCGGAGCAGCCCCUCACUCAGCCACACCCUGUCCAGGACUGCCUUGGUUUGGACACAAUGCCUAGCAGGCCCUUGGUGUUCCCCAGAGCCUCUGAGCCAAGACUCCUGUCCCCUCCUGAGAUGGGAAUGAAAGCUUGGGCUGCUCAUUGGACCAGAAAUCCUACUAACUUUGUACAGAACUGAAUUAAAUUAUUGAUUUUUAUAAUAAAAGGUGUGAGACCCUUG